UCGACCCUACAAAGAGUAGCUACAAAGUCCAGAUCUCUCUCACUUACUGAACUUGUGAAUCAGUUUAAACCUCGUUUGUAAUGUUAUAACUGUGUGAGUGUGUGUGUGUGUGAGAAAGGUGAGAGGUGCACAAUGCUGGGCGCGUCGCGAAUUCUGGAGAAGGGGCCCGGGUACUUGAGGAAGCAGAUGGAGCUGCAACGUGGGGGCAAUGGGCGCGUAAGUGCAACGGAAAGACUGGCAGCCACCAAGCCCAACUACGUCAAGACUCCACAGGUGACAGGUUCAUCCCCUGCUUCCACCCCGGAGCCGGUUACCGGUGACACAGGGUCCCCCUGCGGCCCAGGGCCCACCGAGCAGAGCACACCGACGUCCAGUACACCGACGUCCAGUACACCCGAGCAGCAGGAAAUCAGCGUGAAGCGGAACAGCUCCAAAAGCAGACCAGACUCGGUGUUACUGUACAGGCAGAAGUGCGACCUGCGCAGGGGAGCUCCGGGUGCGAACUACCGGCGCAAGCGCACACUGCUGAAAUCACUGAGAGAGAGGAACAAUGUGGGCGCUCCGGUCUCAGCGGGUCCGACUGCUGACAGUUCAUCCGACUCGGACCAAGGACAGGAGUGUAAGAAUGAUGGAGAUAAAGGUAAAGAUAACGAUAAUGAGGGCCUUGUGUUGCGGCGGCGCCCUGAGCGCAUCAACCUGGCCAGGAGAGCCAUUGAAAGAGGGGAAGGAGGAGGGCCCGAGUCGGACCGUGCCAGGAAAGGGGUGUCACGGUCGCAUUCCGACAUCAGCUCGCGCUACUCCAAAAACUUCGCCGACUUCGACGCGUUUUUCACCUACUGCGGCCUGGAGAGCGACGUCGUGGAGACCCUGGGCAAGGACAACUUCUCCUCGCGCUCGGAUGAGCGUGACCUUUCCUACGCAAAGAUCCGGAGCGUAAGCGUGGCAACAUCAGAUGGAGAGAUUUCACACACCAGCGGUGAUGCCGAUGGGCUUCAUGAGGAAGAAGUGAAAGAGACACGGCAGCAAGGUUCAUCAGUUAUAGAGCGCAACGCUCGAGUCAUCAAAUGGCUGUACACCUGCAGAAAUGCAAGUCAGUCUGGGAAAAUGCUGCGAGAUCUGGAUUAGUCGCAAAAUCCUGAACACCUGCGGUCAUUAACACCAGGUGUAAAUGCUGCACUGGCAGGGAAGAAAUCCAGAUGUGCGUACAACAUCUGCAACUCCUUCACCACCUGAAAUAUUUCUUCUGCAUGGCCUGAUGAUACUUUUUAAGGUGUUUUUUUACAGGGUUGAGAGGUUGAAUUCAGCAGCAACUACAGUACUCUAAUUACCUCCAGAGGAGUGAUGAGAUGUCUUUUUGCUAACAAUAUAAAUGAGAAAGAGUACCUGCACUUUUCCGAACCAGAUGUUACGCAGAGGUUCAGUUUACACGUCCCAGAUGAAUGCUGCAUCAAGAUGGAAUAAUUCCCCACAUACAACUAGAAAAAGUUACAGAAAAUGUCACCAUAGCUUGCAAUUUCAAUUUGCAAACUGAUGGUCUACAAGUCCACUACCAGUUCCUUUUCAUGUUCCAAAAGUGACACCCCAAUCAACAUGGCUGCUAAUACUGCAUUUAUUUAUGUUAUUUCAUAACAUAAAUUACAACAGACCAAAUAUAUGAUUGUUAGGCUUAUUUCUAGACCAUUUGUGCUAAAAGUUUAAAAAAUGUUUCUUAUUAUUUUGGUAGAUACUUUCAGCUGACCAUGCGAGUCACUGGGAUUCCCCUCGCGAAACCAAAACAUUAAACCUGUGUGUUUGAUUUCGUUAUGCUUUACAUUGUAUUUUUGUGAGAAAGGUGUAUAAGAUUCAUUUUGUCAGACUUACGAACUAAUCCGACUUAUGAACGUGCUUUCCGCAACGGAACUUAUUCGUAAGUCUGGGACUUAAUACACUUGAGUUAAUCUAUGACGGUCCAUUGCGAUGCCGAAAUUUUGAAAUCAGGGCAGCCAAUGGCCAACAUGUUGGUUGUACAGGUACUAUAUAAUAUAAAUGUAAAACUGAAAUAAAAACAUGACCUAUCGUUCGCCUUUGUAUAAACAAUGGUAUAAACAAUGAGUGCGUAAGAUAUCUACAGUAUUUUAAAAAACCUUCAAAAAUAAUACCAAUUCUCCAUAGUUUUUGGAAUUUGGUGGUUUCACACUUUCAAUAUUGUCUUUUUGUUGUUGUUUUGGAACUGGAAAGAAACUAGGCUUUAAUGGUCUUGGUCCUAAUUUAUUAGAAAUUAGGUCAUUUCAAGUAUUUUAUUUUUAUAUAUUGUAUCAGGGUGAAAAAACAUACAGCAACAAUUUACUAGUAUACUGUACACCAGCGUACAUAUUUAUAGGCAUGUGUGUUAUUUCCUGUUCAAGACUUUUAGCACUUCCUGUGCUGCGAAGGCCACCAAAGAUUUUAUUAUGCCGUUUGGGCUGAGAGCAGCAAUAGCUUGAAAAAAAUUUAUGUGUCAUCAGGUAGAAAUAAAUAUGAAUAUAUUAACAAUUACAUAGAUUUAUUACAAUUGCACAGUUAUGUAUGGUUACAGUAUUGUUUGUCAAUAAAAA